UGAAUAUACAGUAAUGCCUACAGUGUGAACCACUUCACUGACGGCGGAGCUGGAGAGAGAGACAGAGAGAGAGACAGACAGACAGAAGGAGAGAGAGAGAGAGAGAAAGAAACGCUGGAGCACACUGAUUUAUCCCAACUCCAGACGCGUAACAUUUUUAAACAAGAGGAAUAUAUAUAUUUUUUGCUUUGAAAAUAAGAGACGGCUGCCUUGUUUUCGGCUCAUUCGGAUAGCUGGACAUGCUAGCCGUCGCUGAAGGAUCCGAUUCGGGCAAGCGGACACGGUCGAGCCGUCGAGAUUUCUCCGCUUCGACAUUUUAACGAUUUUUUUUAUUAUUAUUAUUGUUAUUAUUAUUCUUUUGGCUCGGAGACAACACGAGGAAACGGAAAAAAAUAUAUAAAUAUAUAUAGAUAUUUAAAUCUGAUAGCAUUUGUGAUAUAUGUAACGUUAUUCUGCCGAGAUAGAUAGAGAUAGCGCGAGAGAGAGAGAGCUCGCGCAGAAUGUGAAUACAGCGCGUUAGCGUCGUUAGCUAUUUGUCCUGUUUAUUUUUUUUAUUUUUAUUAUCUUUUUUUUUUUUACUGAAAGCUUAGCUAUUCAGUAUAUUCACUUAUCUAUAUUUGAAUCGCAAACGCAUAUAUCUAUCUAUCUACCUACCUCCGUGUCCUUUUAAACAGCGCGUGAAUGUGAAUAAGGCUCGCGACUUUUCCAAUAAGUGAGAAACCGUUUGGUUUUUCACCGCUUUGUAAAAUCUGAAGGGUUUGUUUUUGUUAAUAAAUAAUCUUAUAUAUAUGUAUGUACAUAAACGUUUAAAAACAAAACAUGAACGUGGCUAGUUAUAGAGUUAUUAAUCUUUCGUUAUGGAAAACUGGCCCAGAGAGAAGCGAUCAGAUUGAGCUGUGAGCGUUUUCUCGAGUGGAUCACAUUUUUUGGAUCUGCUGUUGAUUACUUUUGACUAGUGAAUUGAUUCAAUAUGGGAUUUUUAGUUGACCGUAAUGUUGGUCAUCUUGUCAGCAUUAAUAGCCCAGAGAAAUAAUUGUGCUUUUUUUGUCUUCCUUCUCUCUACAUGAUCUCUGUCUCUCUUUCUGCUCUUUUUUAUGUUUUGAGCUGUAACGAUUUAUCCGAUCAAAUAAUCGCUCGGGAUCCAGUGGAUCGAUAGGUUGGUCGGUCGUUAUUGGGAACUCUUGUAAUUCUUGGGAUUUUUUUAACACCCCCCCCUCUAUCCAUCAACAUGGAUGUGUUUUAAAGCAAUUGAUCACUGGUGAAGAGAGCCAACAGGGACACUACUGGAGGCCUGUCGGAAUCUGAAGGAGAGAUCCACUUGUUUUUUUGUGUUUUUUUUUUUUUUAAAAAAGGAUCACAAAAAUAUAUAGAAAUAUAUAUAUAAAAUGGGUUCUGCGACAAAACUGGCCUUCGGAGUGUUCCUCAUCUCCUGCUCCUCAGGCGCCAUCCUGGGACGCUCCGAGACCCGCGAGUGCGUACACUACAACUACGGCCCAAGCUCAGAGCAGCAGGGCAACCGGACUGGCAUUGAGGCCUGCGUCGGAGACAAGGACAAGCGGCUGCACUGCUUUGCCACGUGGCGCAAUGUUUCCGGGAACGUCGCGGUAGUGAAGCAGGGCUGCUGGCUCGAUGACGUCAACUGUUACGACAGCACGGAGUGUGUGGAGAGGAAAGAGGACCCCGACGUGUUUUUCUGCUGCUGCGAAGGCAACAUGUGCAACGAGAAGUUUUUCUACAACCCUGACGCACAGCCUGUACAGAGUAAGACUCCGAUCACCGACCGAAGCAGUGGAGUUUUUAAGGCCACGUCUAACCCGUUUACCCAGAAGCCACCUCUGUUCAGCACCCUCCUGUACUCUCUGGUGCCGAUCAUGGGCAUCGCAGCCAUCGCUCUCCUCUCCUUUUGGAUGUAUCGGCAUCAUAAGCUGGCGUAUCCGCCCGUCCUGGUGCCCACGCAGGACCCUGGUCCCAUGCCCCCUUCGCCGGUCCUCGGCCAGAAGCCGCUGCAGUUGCUGGAGAUUAAAGCCCGUGGUCGGUUCGGCUGCGUGUGGAAAGCUCAGCUGCUCAAUGACUACGUGGCUGUCAAGAUCUUCCCAAUUCAGGAUAAGCAGUCUUGGCAAAAUGAGUAUGAAAUAUACAACCUUCCUGGCAUGAGGCACGAGAACAUCCUCCAUUUCAUUGGUGCAGAGAAAAGAGGGGCCAACCUGGACACUGAGUUGUGGCUCAUUACAGCUUACCACGAAAAGGGUUCCCUGACUGACUAUCUAAAGGCCAACGUGGUGACAUGGAAUGAGCUUUGCCACAUCGCUCAGACCAUGGCACGAGGUCUAGCAUACCUCCAUGCCGACGUCCCUGGCCUCCGGGACCGGCACAAGCCAGCCAUUGCUCACAGGGAUAUUAAGAGUAAGAACGUGCUGUUGAAGGCUAAUCUGACAGCCUGCAUCGCUGAUUUUGGCUUGGCCUUGAGGUUCGAGGCCGGCAAAUCUGCCGGGGACACGCACGGACAAGUGGGAACGAGGCGCUACAUGGCACCCGAGGUGCUGGAGGGGGCCAUCAAUUUCCAGCGAGACGCCUUUCUCAGGAUAGACAUGUACGCAGUGGGCCUGGUGCUUUGGGAACUGGCAUCCCGCUGCACAGCCGCAGACGGUCCAGUGGAUGAGUACAUGCUACCGUUUGAGGAGGAGGUGGGUCAGCACCCCACUCUGGAGGACAUGCAGGAGGUGGUUGUGCAUAAAAAGCUGAGGCCCACGCUGCGCGAGUGCUGGCACAAACAUCCGGGUCUGGGCAUGCUAUGUGAGACCAUAGAGGAGUGUUGGGACCACGAAGCUGAGGCUCGUCUCUCAGCAGGCUGCGUAGAGGAGCGCGUGCUUCAGGUGCAGCGCCUCACCAGCAUUUCCGCCCCCGAUGACAUCGUCACCGUCGUCACCAUGGUGACAAACGUGGACUUUCCACCCAAAGAAUCCAGCCUAUGACUAGAGGAGAACAGCGUGUGACGUCACACGGGCGAGGAAAAAACAAAACAAAACGCAUAGCUCAGAGCUGCUAGCUCGAAAUCCCUGGUGAUUGUACUGUAUAUUAGGUUGGUUGCGGUCACCAAUGCUGGAUCUUACAAUGUGCUCGUUUCAGUAGCACUUAGCGUGCGUGUGUGUGAAAACUCAUGUCAUGAGGCCUUCUGGACAGGAUGAACAGAUUUCAAUCUAACAAGAGGACCUCAGGCGACACACUCUCACUUUUAGCAACUGGACAGUGUCACAUGUGAAGCUAUUGAACUGGUAUUUCUCUUUUUUUCAUAUGAAUGAGAGAGAAAGAGCUUUUUUUCCUCUGAGAAAAGAAGGAGAAAAGGAAAAGACUUCCUUUCUUUAUUUCAGUGUACAAAAAAAAAAAGAAAAGAAAAAAGGGCAACAGUACUUUCUGGAAACACAUUUGACUUGUUGCAAUGCCAAUACGAAACAGCUUCUGAAUGUCUAGUGUGUCACUGCUGUAUAUUCAACCGAGAGGAUGAAAAAAAAUCGAUUGUUUUGUAUCUCUGGAUUUCCCUCCCAGCGUUUCUGUCAAAUAACCACGAACCUCUCUCGACAAGGUAUACCUCAGUUUCUCAUCCUAAUAACAAGUUUGUUUUGUAACACUAUAUAAAGGAAAAAAAACUAUGAAGCUUUCCGUUGACCUGCAAUGGCCACCGAAGCUUUUUAAUACAGGGGGUUGGGGGGGAGCUUUUUUUAAUAUAUAUAUAUAUAUAUAUAUAUAUAUAUAUAUAUAUAUAUAUAUAUAUAUAUAUAUAUACACGACAGAUUAUGCCAAGAAAAUAUGGCCAUUCAUAAACCAGUGUUUUUCUGCCUUCUUUCUAUUACUUGUCUUAUUACCCAUGUCUUUUCCGUGUUGCCCUGCUGUUUAAAAUGUGACUGUUUUCUGAACAUUGUGACAAAUUGAUUGUAAAAAAAAAAUCAGUUUUUAGAACUUUAUCAAAAACCUGUUGAGAAGAAAAUCCCUGAAAUAUAUGAAUUCUGUGAAAAUAUGAAAGCACUUACCAGUAUAGGUUUGCAGUGUCCUCACAGCAAUCGACAUAUGUGCAUGCCUCGUAUUUCUUUUACUCUUGUGCGUGAAAUGUCGAGCAGUCAUCGAUCUUCUCCCUCACUCAGAUUGUUUUUUGGGGGGGGGUUUUCAUCAUUUGCUUCACUUACAAUCCAUCUUCAGUCAGGGUGUUUUGUUUUCAUUUUUGCAGAUCUUCCUCUGCAUCCCAACACCGGCUUCCUUUACCCCUUUUAUCUUAACCCCAGUGUAAAUAUCUACACCGUAAACAACUAGCCUCAGAUUAGCGGCUACAUGUCACUACGUUCGAAUAGUUCAUGUCUCAGGAAGCCCGUAUCUUUUGAGCGUUUCUCUUUCCGGUGCCAUUCUGGUGAUCCAUGUUGUAUUGUGUAUGCAAGAGGCCUUCAUAACAUAACAUCCUUUAUUCGUCCACUACGCCCUGGAUAUCACAAACUGGACUGUUUUUUUUUUAUUUCCACUUUGUACCGUAGCUUGAUGCGUUUUUAAGCGCCGAGCUAUACGAUGCCAUACGGUUUAGAUCGAGUCUAAGACUUGUACACAAGUAUUAUCUUAAUAUGCUGGUGUCAUUCAUUAACGGUGAGCUUAUGGUGACUACUGACAUGCUGAGAAGAUUCAGGUCGCUUUUGUUUUUCUUUUCUUUUGUUUUUUAACCCAUUCUAAAGCGCUCAGGUCUGGGUGACCAUAUGCAAGCGUGCUCUCAACUCCAGCAUUUUUAGUCAAACUCUAACACUUGCGUGCAUUGUGCUGCUCAUCUUUAUGACCAGGUGCCAACGUGUGUGUGUAUAUAUAUAUAUAUAUAUAUAUAUAUAUAUAUAUAUAAGCUCUCCUCAGAGAUCGAGUGUCCUAGCGCUCAUUCUACCCUCGCAUCUCUGCAACAUGAUUUGAUUUCACGGUGCUGACUGGCCUCUAGCUUUUAAAGGCCAUGUUAAGCGUUUUCGGGAUAAGUAUUCUGCGAAACACCAGGUGAGCUCUUUUUCUUCUGGAAGGCUGGCUUGUCUGCAGUCUCAGUCCGGAUUCAAGCCUUCAGGCUACAUGCUAACAACUGCUAUUGUUUUUGUAGCUUCUGCUCGUAGCUGGUUAUUUCAAUGCCUUGUUCAAUAUGACCUUGUGGGUGUGUCUGAAAUGGAAAGCGAUUUGAACCGACAUGCGAUUUAAUCCAGGCAAGGGAGAGCAAUACAGAGGUUUGGGUGUAAUUUGUAUUCACUUUUCUUUAAGAUAUAGAUGGUGUAUUUGGUAAAUAGUUAGCCUGCACACUAAGCCAGUGCUUAUUUAGUCCAUUUGUUUUGUCUAGACGAAUGUUUUUUAAGUGUUGUGCGAUAUUUACAUAUAAAUAUGUAAAUGAAAUAUAUAUAGGCACUAUUUUGUGGAAAUUGGAUUUGACUGCCCCUUCCCUGUCUGACUGUUAAUAACGGUUCAGUUAUGAGGGCCACGAUGAUUUUUUUUAUGAUUUUUUUUAUUUUUUUAUUAUUAUUAUCAUUUUUGCUUUAACCAGCAGGUGGCAAUAAUUACAGCUUUCAGUCUUCGCUGUCCUGCACUCAAACCACAUUUUCUUUAUGGCCAUAAGUUUGUGGACACAAAAAAAAAAGUGAUUUGUCUCCAGAAUGUUGCUGUUGUUACUGGAAACACACAGUGCUAUAGUUUCACUCCAUUGAAACGAAGAGGUUGAAUCCUGCUCAAGUAUGAAAACCUUUGGGAUGAACUGGAACAUUGACAACAUCAGAGUCUAAUGCUCUCGUAGCUGAAUAAUCCUCACACCAACAUCUAGUGGAAAGACUUCCAUUAGAAUGGAAAGAAAAAUGACACUAAACCUAGGAGGGUGUGAUUUUCAUGGGGUGCGCAAACUUUUGAACAUGAAGUAAAGCUUCACAGAAACAUGCUGCCUUGUAAAGACAGGACCGUGUAGAGGUUUCCGUUUCAGACACAGCCGGGAUUUUUUUCAGUGUUAUCGUGACGAUCGGGGCCAUAAAUCCUGCUUUGAGAGACUUCGCAAAAAGCCGGCCCUGCGUUUCCUUUACUCACUUUUUAAAAAAAAAUAAAAACAGCCUUUUUUUUCUCAGUUAGAUGAUGGGCCACGUGAGAGCAUAAAAAAAACACACACACCCCGUAUCCAACCGUACCGUAUCCUCCCUCAGAACUUCCCUUCUCUUCCCUUUUGCAGAAGACUGGAUUUAACAGUGCACCAUAUGUAAAUAUGAAUAAUGUUUUAGAUUGUGAAAAGUAGCAUGAGGUUGUUUUUUAUGGUCUCAAAAAGCAAAAACACUUUAUUAAUAUUAUGGCAAAAAUAAUAUGGUUGUUUAUUUUGUAUAUCUGUAUUUUAGGUUGUUUUAUUAAUUUAUGUCACAGCCCAAACAGGUUAUUUUUAUUCCAAAAUAAAAAUGAGAAGUGGUUUUGCUCUAUUUAUACAACUGGUCUAGUGAAACAAUUAAAAAAAAAAACAAAAAAAGAAAGAAAAAAAAAAAAUUGAUCUUGUCUCUUUACCUCAGACUUCCCGGUUUCUGACUUGACGUUAUCGCAACACGAAGACGCAGUGUAGCACGACAGACAACAUGGUGCAAGCCUUGUGUAACAUGUAACAUUUAAUGGGAAUCGACCAGCAGGUUCUCGCCUCUUCUUUCUUUUUCUCCUGGCAACAAAAACGCACUUUGUGGGUUCUUUUUUUAUUCCGCUCACUGCAAUGCCACUGAUCAUCGCUGUACCAUCGUCGGUGCACACAACUGUAUUACCUUCACCCCGGACACGCCAUUUGAGUAAAAGUAUUUAACAGUCAUAAUCAGGGCCUGGUUGGAAGUCGUUGUUACAUAUUGUACAUAUGAAAUUUUAUGCUACUCCUCCCUUCGAAUAAAGUAUAGUGACUGCUCUGA